AUGCAUCUUACAGUCAAGAAACGGAGCGGGAGCGCACUAGUAGAGAAGCUCGUGCUAUCCAAGGACGAGAAAUCGGCAACUGUUGACGAUGUCUGUGCUGCAAUCCACAAGCAAUUCCCCAAAUACGAUCCAACUCGCCAAAGACUGACUUUUGGAGAGAAGGUUGUUUUGGAACGCGGAAAUCUUUUAUCAAAGUAUUCCAUCAAGGACGGAGACACCAUUGUAUUCAAAGAUCUGGGUUUACAAGUCUCAUGGCGAACCGUCUUUCUGGCUGAAUACUUUGGUCCAAUCUGGAUUCAUCCAUUAUUCUACUUCUUCCCUCAAAUAUUCUACAGGGGUGCUCCUGCUCCUCACUCUACCAUUCAAAGUGUCACUCUGAUCCUAACAGUCCUGCACUUCCUGAAACGCGAAUACGAAACUGUAUUCGUACAUCGAUUCAGUGCAGAAACCAUGCCAAUCAUGAACUUGCCAAAGAAUUGCACACACUACUGGCUCUUUUCAGGAUUGUUUUUGGCCUACUUUACAUAUCAGCCUGGGUUUAAUGGUGGAAUUACUAAAGGUGUUCAUUCGCAAGUUGCCUUGUAUGCUCUUAUUGGUCUUUGGGCGUUCUCUGAAGUCUCCAACUAUUUAAAUCACGUCACCUUGAUGAAUCUUCGACCUGAAGGCUCCAAGGUCAGAAAGAUUCCACACGGUUAUGGAUUCGAUUUGGUCAGUUGUCCAAACUACUUUUUCGAAUGCUUGGGUUGGCUUGCUGUUUCCAUUAUCAAUGGUUCUGGAGCAAGCUGGCUCUUUACAGCAAUCAGUACCUACACCAUGUACAACUGGGCAGUCAAGAAGCAUCUUCGAUACAAGAAGGAAUUUGGCCCUGCAUAUCCUCGAAGUCGAAAAGCCAUGUUCCCAUUCAUUGCGUAG